AUGACACGGAUGCUCACCUUCGGCCAGCUGGGCCUGCUCGCAUCCAGCUACAUCACCUCCGUGCUGGGAGCUCAGAACAAACAAUGCUCUCUGGACAUGGUUUCCAAGCCGCGACUAUUCGUCCUGACAGACAUCGCAAACGAGCCAGAUGACGCGCAGUCCCUCGUCCGUUUGAUGGUCUAUGCCAACGAGUUUGACAUCCAGGGCAUCGUCGCCACCACCAGCGUCUGGCUCAACGACACAACACGCCCAGAUCAGAUUCACGACAUCGUGAGUGCAUAUGGCGAGGUACUGCCGAACUUACGGAAACACGCCGAUGGCUGGCCCGACGUAGACUACCUACAAAGCGUUAUUGCCUCCGGCCUACCCGUUUAUGGCAUGGACGGGGUUGGUGGGGGCAAAGAUAGCACAGGCUCAAAUCUCCUUAUUAAGGCUGUCGAUGCUUCAUCUGAGCCGCUCUGGAUACCUGUAUGGGGUGGAGCUUCAGUCCUCGCUCAGGCGCUCUGGCAUGUUAACAACACACGCUCUGCUGCUGAAGCCGAGGCAUUUGCCUCUAAAGUGCGUGUAUAUGCUAUUUCAGACCAAGACAAUACGGGUGUCUGGAUUAGGAGACACUGGCCGCGCAUCUUUUAUAUCGCGAGCGUCCACCACUUCAACCGCUACGCUGUUGCGGCCUGGGGCGGUAUCUCGGGUGAUGACUAUUACUACUUUCCCAGUGCUAUCGACCGUGUCACUGUCUCACGCGACUGGCUCCAGAGUAACAUCCAGAAAGUAAGCGCUCUCGGUGUCAAGUAUCCAGAUGCAGACUUUAUCGUUGAGGGUGACACGCCGUCGCUACUCUACGUAAUCCCCAACGGACUGUCUGACCCAGAGCAUCCUGAGUGGGGAUCAUGGGGCGGCCGAUAUGGACCUGUCAACUAUGGCGAAGGCCACUUCGCUGAUAGUGUCGAUAUCAUUACUGACGAUGAGGACAAUUCAGUAUUUAUGGGCUCGCAUGUCACUGUGUGGCGCUGGCGGAACGCCUUCCAACAUGACUUUGCCGCGCGAAUGCAGUGGACAGCUCAGUCAAAAUACGGUAAAGCUAAGCACGCUCCCGUGGCCGUCUUGGACGGCGACAGGACCCGUAAUGUCAUAAAGAUCACGGCCGAGCCAGGCCAGACAAUCACCCUCGAUGCCAGGGACUCAUGCAGUCCAGAUGCCAGCAGUGGCAAGCUAGCUUUCAAGUGGUGGCAGUACCGCGAGCCAUCAUCCAAUAACAACAACCCAAAGAGAGAUGUACCAAAGCUAGAGCUAGACAACACGACCAGCUCGCGGGUCACAGUCACCAUGCCAGCAGUAGAGCAAGUGUGGAAGCAAGGCCGUAACACACACCCGGAGGCGGACAAGCACCUGCAUCUAAUUCUGGAAGUGUCCAAAGACUCUCUUGUUUCAUAUCGGAGGAUUUUGUUUACGAUACUAGGCACAGAUACACUGAAUGCUACGCAGGGGAAGGGUGUGAACCAUGAUGAGCUCUAA